ACCCGUUAAAAAAGCUAAAAAUUAUCAUCAAGCUAGAGGAAUAACCAGCGCGGAGCAGUCUGUGGAUGAGGUGCUCAGGGUACAUAUACACAGGCCCACAGUGACCAAGGACAGGGAAGAUUGUGUGUGGUUUAUGAGUGACCCGCAGCGAGGAGUGAGGUGAUGGCGGCGCCCCCGAAGCCCUGGGAGAGACUGGGAGACGUGAACCACCGGCAGCCCAAUUACCAGCCUGACCAGACCCCCUCAUUCAUCUCCACCUCCCCUUACAUGGUGCCGGGGAAUGGUGGGGGUGGUGGCAUGGGUUCCCCCCUCCCACCACUGCCACCCCGGCCCACUUCCACCAUGACCUCAUACAACACAUACCCUCGCCCAGCAUACAGUGGCUAUGGCACUAUGGGGAUGUACGGCAGUGGGAUGUAUGGGGGCACCUACAGGGGCUACGGCCAGUAUGGGAUGGGUGGCCUUCCAGACCUACCAGAUGAUAACGGGUUUCUUCAGAUUGCAGAGAACAGCUCCAGGCAAGCUUUCCAGAGCAUAGAGAGCAUUGUUCAUGCCUUUGGUUCUGUCAGUAUGAUGCUGGAGUCCACUUACCAUGCAGUCUACAGUACAUUCCGUGCCGUGCUUGGGGUGGCUGACCACUUCAACAGGAUGAAGUCACACUUUGCUCAAAUAUUUUCCGCACUCGCCAUUGUUCGGACGCUGCGGUGGCUGUACCAUAGACUCCUGUAUUUGAUUGGUUUGAGAUCUCAGGAUCCAAGCUUAGAGUCAGUGUGGCGCAACGCCAGUAGCAGUCUUCCAGGUGCCUCUCAGCAAAUAACGGAGUCUGAUAUCAAAGCCUCUAAGUCAUCCUGGCCAAUAGUGUUGUUCCUUGGUGUUGUGUUUGGUGGCCCUUACCUCAUCUGGCGGCUCUUGUCCUCACUGGUGCCCACAAAGUCCAAGGCACAAGGCUGGAUCAAGGGCCAAGAGGAGCACUAUGCAGCAGUGGCUCAGUAUCCCUUCCAGGCAAAAACAAGGAAUGAGCUUUCAUUUGUUACUGGACAGCAGCUUAUUUUGGCACCAAAAGACCAGCAGCCUAGUAUUCAGGGGUGGUUGUUGGCAUCCAAUGGUAACAGUGCAGGACUUGUGCCAGCAAAUUAUAUCAAGAUCAUUGGUCUGCGUCCACCUCAGCCACAGCAAGGCAAUACCCAGAAGGGACAGAAAGGAAACCCGAUGGUGGCCUCAAGAAUUCCCACCAUUCCAUCCCCUCAGCUGGGGAUUCGCCCACCCGUGCCUCAGCACACUGUACCCUACGCGAGGAACUUUGAGGCACAGUCUGGCACACCACACAUCCAGCAGAGGCCUCCUACCACAAGCCAGCAGGGGGCACCACUAACAACAUGGCAGAGGGCUCCAGUAACAACCUGGCAAAGAGCACCACUAACCCAACAAGGGAUACCACAGAUACCAUGGCAGAGACCACCACUAACCACACAGCAAGGAGCACCACUAACCACACAGCAAGGGGCACCACUAAUCACACAGCAAGGAGCACCACUAACCACACAGCAAGGAGCACCACUAAUCACACAGCAAGGGACACCACUAACCACUCAGCAAGGGGCACCAUUAACCACACAGCAAGGGGCAUCACUAAUCACACAGCAAGGGACACCACUAACCACUCAGCAAGGGGCACCAUUAACCACACAGCAAGGGGCAUCACUAACCACACAGCAGGAGGCACCACUAACCACACAGCAAGGAGCACCACUAACCUUGCAGCAGGGGGCACCACUAACCACACAGCAAGGGGAACCACUAGCCACACAGCAAAGGGCACCAAAGAGUUCACCAAGCUCACCUACACUAACCCAGCCAGCCACACCUCUCACCAGUCACAGUUCACCAUUACCUCCACAGAACACUCCACCCUUCAUUCCUGAGAGUUUGGAUGGGGCAGCCUUACCGGAAACAAGUCCACAGAUGGAUGGAGGAACUUUUAACAUUGACGAGCCUGAUGGUACAAAUGGAAAUGAUGAUUUGGAGGAGUAAUGUAUAAAUGUCUUUUUCUCCAUUUUGGUGCUCAUAACAGCUUAGUAACUUCAUAGAGGUCAGAGGAAAAGCUGUCUGGUCAGUCUAUAAACUAUUAGAAUUAAGUGGUAUAUUCAGCUGUAUAGCUAUGUUUAUUCAUAAAAUUUACUUAGUUGUAAAUAUAUUUGAGCCAAGAUUGUGUUGGCCUCCUUUCACAUCUUUUUGUGAUGUACACUCAUCUCAGUCUGAUAACAACAGUCUGCAUCUGUGCUUUUAACUUCAAAAGUUCUUGUUUCCCACAGUUUCAUUCCUUCAGCCUUUAUAAUGUUUAGUUGACCUGACAAAAGUGGUUGUGCUUUAAAAUUACAUUGAAACCUUAAUGUAGUGGCUCAUUGUGUCAUGGAGUUAUAAAAUAAUAUUUUAAUUUGUGAUUGCUAUAGUAUUAAUUGGUAUUUGAAACAUUUGUCUUUCACUAAUAUAUGUGGAUGUAAGACUGUCUUGCCUACCAUGAAAGGCAAUAAGCAUAUUUUGUGAUGUGCAGUGUCCAAAUAUUCAGUUAAAGCAGCAUUAUUGAACAUAUAUAGUGGAGAAUAUUUAGAAAGAUGAACUAUACAUGUAUCCAUAUAUAUACCUCUUAAUAUUUAUUUUUAAAAACAUUAGUUUUAUUGUAUCUGGAAAAUAUAUUUUGAGAGUUUUGGUUGUGCAAGGUUCCCAUUCAUCUCAUAAUCCUAGUAGUAGUUAAUUUGUGGAUGGCUUGUAAGAGACAGCAAAGGCCAGUAUGAGUAAGUGUGCACAAAUGCUUUUUAGCAAGUUCUCGUGCUUCUUGGAGUUAGUAAACUACUGACUGUUUAUGAACAAGUGACACAAUUAUGCAUCAUAUUGAUGUGGAAAACAUUUUGAAAGACAUGAGCAACUUAUACUUGCUAUCGUAUCUUCCUCCGAGUUUAAUUCUUCUUAGGACAGAUGAUCAUCUAGUGAUAGACUUUGGCUCCCACCAAGACAUGUUUAACAUUCAUCCCUGCACAGCCUAGUCUUGCACAUCAACCUGCUAGGAUUCUCUGAAAAAAAAAACUAUAUUCCCACUCAGCCUUUUCCAAAAAUUUUACCAUAAGUAUUAACACUCCAUAUCUCACAAUAAGAAUUCCACCUGAAUAAUGAUGUUUGUGAAGCUACACUUUAGCUUCAAAUCUGCUGAUGCUUGUUUAAAUCUGAUGACGAAUUCCUUAUGAGUGUACUGGAGAUUUUUAAAAGACUGAUUAACUACCUGUAUUUCAGGAAUGUUGAUUUACUUUUUAAUAACUACAGAUCACCUGUUGUGGGUUCAUUCAAAUUAGUCCUGCACUGAAUCAGCAGCAGGUGCCCAACCCAGGUGACUGGCAGUAAAUACUAGUGUAGCAGAACCCAAACCAGAAGCAAUAACCAUGUAGAAGCUCCACCAUGUGGCACAUUUUCAUGUACAGGUUAGAGGUUUCCACUUUCAGUCAGCAAAUGACAUUUUGCUGAAACAUUACAAAUGCAAGGAACCUUAUUAGUAGCAAAGUGUUGGGAGCCUCAACACAGUUGUUUUGGCAGACCAAGGAGUAAACAGAGUAAAUGUCUGUUACAAUAAUUUUGAUGUGUUCAGAUUCUGUUAAGAAAAUUUGACUUAAUAGAUAGAUUUUUAACUAAAUAUUUGAAAGAAGCUAUAAUCAGUGUGUGAUGCAGGUGGCAGCUGAUAAGCACAAUGUGACAUUACUGUACAGUGUAGUGGGAAGACAUUCCAAGAACUUUCAACAUCUUAUUGGCAACAUGAAGUAAGUUGUCACUGCCUAAGCUUUUACAUAGGACUAAGGAAUACUGCAUACAUAUGACAUGAACGCUGUGGAAUACCUCAUGUAGCUCCAGUACAAUUAUGGGAUCAGAUAUAUUCGAUUCUGUGCAAGUCAUUAACUUGUAUUGUGAUCUUGUGUCAAGGGAAGCAUGCAAGAUACUGAGACCAUGAAUAGGUUAAACAUUACCACUUCUACUUGUGACAGCAGAAUUAUCAGGCAUUGAGUACAAGGGGGUUGUCUAAAAUUUGUUCACAAAGGCAAGCUGAUGUAUACAAAAAUAAAAAUGAUAACAAUGAUCCCAGUAUGUGUGUGUGUGUGUGUGCAUAUGUGCAGUUUUAAAGCAAUAACCACAUAGCAGGAAUGUCACGUGCAUUACUGAUCUCAUUAGAACAUGUAUGUGACAAGUUAGAAUUUGAAAUUACCAAGACAGGUCUGUGAUUUGUAUGAAGACCGUAGUGAGCUAGGAAUGUCUAAUGAAUGAGGAAACAACAGGAUUUAUAAAGAAUGUGUGUGUGUGUGGAUGGAUGGAUGGAUAGAUGGAUGGACUGAUAAAUACUAUAUGGCCUAAACUUGCAGCUAACUCCACAACUAAAAUACUUUCUAUUGUGUCAAUAAAAAUACACAAUAUUAAA